UUUCAAACGAUAUUGGAGAAAUUCCCCCUAUUUCUGGCGAAAUGAAUCUAGAUCCUCUCAACUUAGACAGGGACCUCUGGAACCAAAGCUUACAUGGAGAUGAGAUUAGAGAAUUUGAUCUUGAUCUACAACAUUCAGAGAGAGCAGAACUAGUUAACCCAUACUUUGAUGAAGAGUUUAAGAGAAUCUACGAAAAUGACCAAGAGCAAGAGGAUACUACUUCCACUACCCUCACUAGGCAUGAAGGAAGGAUCAUAUUAGACAUGACUAAACAAGAAGCUCUUAAGCUCCUUCACAAGGCAUUCAAUUGUAAUGAGAAUGUAUUCUCCUGUCAGGAGUAUGAAAACUCUCACGGGCGACAAGGAGAGGAACACUCGAAUAGCGAAGAGGCUCUUUUAAAGCACUACAAAGGAAGCCUGGAACAGAUGGUCAAGACUUUCAAAAAGAAUCUUGAAGGUAGAGCAGACUCGCUAACGACGAACUUGUUCAGAAGGACUAAGAAAGAGUCAAACUAUUUCUUAGAGAAGAAUGGAAGUACAGCAGCAAGAAAGAGCAUGGUCUUCUCAAAGUUCUUCCUCAGCUGGGUCAAGAACUACAUCAAUAACUUGUGCAAGUUCCACCAUAUUGAGUCUCCGUAUGAGAGAAAGUAUUUGUUCUUCUACCACAUCGUGCUCAGCUACCCGAAAGAAAAAGUCUUGGCGGUGCUUAAUUUCUUCUUUGGUGAUCAGCCAGAAGAGCUAAACAAGUAUCAAAAUCUCUUAGAGGGAACUAAGGUUCAAUCAAAGAAGGCAAUCCACGAUUAUUAUACUCUAAACUCUUACUUCAAAAGGAUUCUGGACAAUUUCAAAUCUAAUCUAGAUAAAUUUGGAGAAGAUCUUGUUGGUUGCCAAACCUUAAUAGCUAAAAUGCUCGAAACUUACUGUAAAAUUUCUGGCGAAGUCAAGCAUGAAAUCCUCUAA